CUCAAAAAAAAUGAUCGCAUGGCAAGUCUGGAUUUUACCUUUCAAAUUACCUGGUUCAGCAUAAUCACCACACCAACGCCACCUGGCAUCCACGGGGCAAUAGCACUUCUUGACACUAGAGCCCCGUGGAUGAUUUUACUUUUUACCAUCCCAGUAGCCUAUCUCGUGUUUACCCCUUAUCAACAGAAAUUUGCAGUUAGUGUUUCAUAUUUCAUAGAGCCUAGAGGUAUUAUGAUCGAAUUGAUUUAACAAGCUGUUUUUUUUCCUUAUAUGUUCAAACGGGGCAAUCCGAUUCACUUUCGUCCUGACUCCUGAUUGACAGUAUGAGAGAUUACAGUCUUGUAAUUUUUGGCGCCACUGGAUUCACGGGGCAGUAUGUUGUUGAAGAAGUAGCUCGGAUAGCCGAAGAAGAAAAAAUCACUUGGGCCAUCGCCGGUCGUAAUGCCGAAAAAUUGACUACACUUCUACAAAAUGUUGAAAAAACAACAGGCAACUCUCUAAAGGAUGUUGGUAUUAUCAAGGCAGAAGUUAGUGAUUCAAAUUCUCUUUGUGAGAUGGCCAAGAAAGGGAAAAUAGUUCUGAAUUGUGUUGGACCGUACCGAUUUUAUGGAGAAGCUGUAGUGAAAGCCUGUGUAGAACAUGCAACUAGUUAUGUUGACAUCAGUGGGGAACCUCAGUUUCUUGAGAGGAUGCAACUGGAAUACAAUACUGCUGCCUAUGAAAACCAAUGUUACAUAGUUGGAGCUUGUGGAUUUGACAGUAUUCCUGCAGAUAUGGGUACCUGUUUACUAGAAGAUAAAUUUGGUGGCCAAGUUAACUCUAUAGAGACAUUUCUGAAUAUAAGGUCAAAAAAGAGAGCUCACGGGCACUUUCCCACUUGGCAAAGCGCCAUCUACGGGUUUGCCUACGCAAAUGAAUUGAAGCCUUUACGGAAGAAGCUUUUCCCUGAGAGACUGCCCGAGCUUAAACCUAAGCUCAAGUCAAGGGGAAUACUUCAUCAUAACCCGUUAGUCGGAUCGUGGUGUCUACCGUUCCCGGGUUCUGACCGUUCUGUCGUAAUGCGUUCCCAGCGAUAUUUCUACGCCAAGGAAAGUAAACGCCCAGUACAGAUGUCAGCGUACGUUCAAUGUUCAUCAUUAACAGGUGCUAUACUCAUGGUUUUAAUGGGUGUCACCUUUGGUCUUCUUGCGAGUUUCAAAUUUGGUCGUAGUUUACUGGAAAAGUAUCCAAAGGUAUUCUCGUUUGGCACUUUUGAUCACGAUGGCCCAACCAAAGAGGAGUUGGAUGAAACAUCUUUCGUUCUAACAUUAGCCGGCAAAGGUUGGGAUGAGAAACUGGCAGAGCCAUCUGAUACGUACAGUAAAGAUCCAGAAAAAGAGUUGGUAGUUCGAGUGUCUGGGCCGGAGCCAGGUUACGUUGCCACACCAAUCUUCAUGGUUCAAGCAGCCCUCGUACUUCUCUGCGAAACGGAUAAACUGCCUGCCAAAGGCGGGGUAUUCCCACCGGGGGCAGCAUUCGCCAAGACUUCAUUGAUAGAGCGUUUGAUAAAAAGGGGAAUAACUUUCGAAACCGGUUUGAAGACCACUCGCUAGACGAGAGAAGAGAAGAUACCUUGUGUGUUGGCGAAAUAGUUUCUCUUGGUUUGGAAAAGUACCAGCUUGUGCCAUUGUUGAGUGUUCAUUCGAUGUAGUUUGGCUUGCUUGGGUUGUUGUAACGACGUGUUGUUCGAACAUCUUACUUGAAUCAACAUAUUAUAAACUAUAUUUAUGAGUA